GCCGUGGCCGGCGACGACCUGGGCCCGACGGGCGAGGAGCGCUCCAUGCUGGACCACUUCAAGACGAUCCAGGCCCGCAUCGACAAGGUGCACGUGGACGGCGUCGGCCGCACGCGGGACGACCUGGUCCAGGACAGCGUGCAGCCGCUGUUCGAGGCGGCCAACUUCGAGGAGGUGAUCACGCGCUCGCACGAGGUGCGCACGCGGCUGGAGCAGCUGGGCUGCUUCCGCAGCGUGGACGUGUUCAUCGACACGAGCCGCGGCCCGGACGCCACCGACAAGGGUCUCGAGGUGACGUUCGAGGUGGAGGAGCUGCGCCGAGUGGUGGGUGGCAUCAACACGCUGGUGGGUCAGAAUGAGGGCUCGCUGGUGCUGAGCUGUCGCAUGCCGAACCUGGUCGGCCGCGGUGAGCGGCUGCAGGGCGAGUACACGUACGGCACCAACCAGACGACCGGCAUCAACGUGGCGCUGCUCAAGCCCUUCCACAACGCGGCGCGCACCACCGUGACCGGCUCUGUGUACCAGUCGGGCGCCGACCUGCCGUGGUCGGGAUUCCGCCAGGUGGACCGCGGCGUGCUGCUGGACCUCGGCUUCCGCUCGGCCACGGACGUGACCCACUCGCUGCGGUACGACGUCGCCUGGCGCGAGCUGGCCUGUCUGGACCGCGCCACGCCGUUCGACGUGCGCAAGGAGGCCGGCCACUCGCUCAAGUCGGCCGUUAAACACGUCCUGACGGUCGAUAAGCGCGACUCAUCCAUCUUCCCGACGGAGGGCGCCCUGCUACGGCUGAACCAAGAGCUGGCUGGCCUCGGCGGCAACGUCGGCUUUCUCAAGCACGAAGCUGAGCUGCAGUACAACUUGCCUCUACCGUUCGACGUUACGCUUCAGGGCUCGCUGCUGGGCGGCCACAUGAAGCCCAUGUACCCGGAGAAGACGUACAGCAUCUGCGACCGCUUCUUCCUGGGCGGGCCGCUGAACGUGCGCGGCUUCGAGACGCGCGGCAUCGGCCCGCAGUCGGACGGCGCCUUCACCGGGGCCGAUAUGUACUGGGCGGCGGCGCUGCACCUAUACACGCCGCUGCCGUUCCGGAGGACGAAGGGUGGCUUCGGCGAGCUGUUCCGAACCCACCUGUUCGUCAACACGGGUAACAUCGGUAACUUCAGACUCGGCGACGACGCGGCCAAGAACGCCGAGCUGCUGAUGAGCGGGCUCAGGCUGGCGUACGGCGCCGGCCUCUCCAUGCGGCUAGGCGAGAUCGCACGGCUCGAGCUCAACUACUGUCUGCCGGUGCGCGCGCAGCGCGGCGACCGGCCCGUACAUGGCCUGCAGUUCGGCGUCGGCGUCACGUUUCUGUAGCGGCGGGCCGCUGUAGCGGGCGGCGCCGCCCCACCCCCGCCCACCCCCCGCCAGCGGCGCCCCCUGUCGACCGGUGUUGCAAUACAUGUAUUUACCGUACGAGCUGGUGUUGCGGGGUCGCCGGGGACGGUGUGCGGUGUUCGGGGGCUGUCGUGACGACACGUUAAGCGCAGGCGGAAAGGCGUCCUUUCCAACGCGACCGCCUUCCCUACUGGCUUGACGAUGUAGAGACGAAGCUCUUUAACAUAGGUAUGGACAUUUGGGUCCAUCUGGGACCAGAUCGUCGUACUCCGUUCGCCGCCAGACGGUCUUUAAGAGCUCGACAGCGUAGAUCAGCGUGUGAUGGGCUGCAGGUGUAAUACACUUAUCAUUGCUUA